GUGGGACGCGCCCAGGUUGUUGCUGCUGCCGGGACGCGGCUGGGUGCGGGCGGCGGCGGGGAGCGCAGCAGACCCGGCCCGGCCAUGGACGAGCAAGCGGGGCCCGGCGUUUUCUUCAGCAACAACAACAAUAAUAAUGCGCUGCUUUUACCGCCGCCGGCGGGCGGGCCGGGGUUGGAGCCGGGCGAGGCGGCGGCAGCAGCGGCUGCCGCGGCGGCAGCAGGAGCAGGAGGCGGCGCAGGGGUCUCAGCCUCCGGAGCCGCCGCACCGGUGUCGGCGUCCCGGGCUCAGUACAGCGUACCGGGCAUCCUGCAUUUCUUGCAGCACGAGUGGGGCCGCUUCGAGGCGGAGCGCGCCGAGUGGGAGGCGGAGCGGGCAGAGCUGCAGGCUCAGAUUGCCUUUCUUCAAGGUGAAAGGAAAGGACAAGAAAAUCUGAAGAAGGAUCUAGUGCGAAGGAUCAAAAUGCUGGAAUAUGCGCUUAAACAGGAAAGGGCUAAAUAUCACAAAUUAAAAUAUGGCACAGAAUUGAAUCAGGGAGAUAUGAAGCCACCAAACUAUGAUUCUGAUGAAGGGAAUGAGACAGAGAUUCAGCCACAACAGAACAGUCAGCUAAUAUGGAAACAAGGACGACAGCUGCUAAGACAAUAUCUACAAGAAGUGGGCUACACCGACACGAUAUUGGAUGUGAAGUCAAAACGAGUACGAGCUUUAUUGGGCUUCUCAAGUGAUGCUUCAGAGAAGGAAAACAGAAAUCAAGAGCCAAUGGUAAAUGGCACAGAGGGCCAGAUUAAAGAAAACACAAUGAUUGGGAAACCUGAAUUGACUGACUCUGCCUCUCUGCUAGAGACCUUCAAGUUUCUUGAAAAUGCAGCUGCAGACUUUAGUGAUGAAGAAGAUGAAGAUGAUAUUGACGGAAGAGAGAAAACAAUCAUUGAUACUGCAACAAUUGUAAGGAAAAGAGUGCUAUCUGACAGCAGUGAAGACAGAGAUACAGAAGAAGCUUUGAAAGAGUUUGACUUUUUGGUUACCUCAGAUGAAGGUGAUGGGGAAUCGAGAAGUUCAGGAGAUGGAACAGACUGGGAAAAGGAAGACCAGUGUCUCAUGCCUGAAGCCUGGAAUGUCGACCAGGGAGUAAUAACCAAACUCAAGGAACAAUACAAAAAGGAGCGCAAGGGGAAAAAGGGGGUGAAGAGAAAAACUACCGAAGAUAUGUUUCAGCCUCAAUCCUAUAUAAAACAGUCAAAACAGGGAUGUGGGAAAAUGAUGGAGCAAAGCACAGGGCCCAACAGGUCAAAGCUGCAAGAUAUGCUUGCAAACUUGAGAGAUGUUGAUGAUCUCCCUUCAUUACAGCCAUCUGUUGCACCUUCUUCCAGGCCCAGUAGCUCAAGGCUCAUUGAACAUGAAAUAAGCAGGACGGAUGAAGUGGAAGCUUUAACAUUCCCUCCUUCUUCAGGGAAAUCUUUUAUUAUGGGAACAGAUGAAGCCCUUGAAAAUGAGCUGGGUCUUGGAGAACUGGCAGGCCUUACAGUAGCCAAUGAGGCAGAUUCACUGACUUACGAUAUAGCAAACAAUAAGGAUGCACUGAGAAAGACUUGGAACCCCAAAUUCACAUUAAGAAGUCACUUUGAUGGAAUAAGAGGUCUCGCUUUUCAUCCGGUUGAACCAGUCUUAAUAACAGCUUCAGAGGACCAUACAUUAAAAAUGUGGAAUUUACAAAAAACAGCCCCAGCAAAAAAGAGUGCAUCUCUUGAUGUAGAACCAAUAUAUACCUUCAGAGCACAUAAUGGACCAGUGCUCUGUGUGGUGAUGAGCAGUAAUGGUGAACAAUGUUAUAGUGGGGGAACAGAUGGCCUCAUCCAUGGCUGGAAUACAACCAACCCGAAUAUUGAUCCCUAUGACUCUUACGAUCCUUCUGUUCUAAGAGGUGCUUUUGUAGGCCAUACAGAUGCAGUGUGGGGUCUGGUUUACAGUGGAGCACACCAGCGCCUGCUGUCCUGUUCAGCAGACGGCACUAUACGUCUAUGGAAAGCUACAGAAAUUGCUCCAGCUCUCAAUAUAUUUAAUGAUAAUCAAGAAAUGGGAAUCCCUUCAUCAGUAGAUCUUGUGAGCAGUGACCCAAGUCUCAUGGUAGCAUCAUUUAACAGUGGACACACUUGCAUUUUUAACAUGGAGACACGGCAACGAAUUCUUACCCUGGAGUCCAGUAUGGAUACUACAGUCAGUUCCUCCUGUCAGAUAAACAGAGUCAUCAGCCAUCCAACUCUUCCAAUUAGUAUCACUGCCCAUGAAGACAGACACAUCAAAUUCUACGACAACAAUACAGGAAAACUGAUCCACUCCAUGGUAGCUCACUUAGAUGCAGUUACAAGUUUAGCUGUUGAUCCGAAUGGCUUGUAUUUGAUGUCUGGCAGUCAUGACUGUUCGAUUCGCUUGUGGAAUCUUGAAAGCAAGACCUGCAUCCAAGAAUUUACUGCUCAUCGCAAAAAAUUUGAUGAGUCCAUUCAUGAUGUGGCAUUCCACCCCUCCAAAUGUUAUAUUGCCAGUGCAGGAGCAGAUGCUCUGGCUAAAGUGUUUGUAUGACAGAGUGCUUCCCUUUCAACUCUAGCUUUGUAUAUAUUUAACCAGCUGCACAAAGAGAAGAGGAGGGCGUGAGUCUUCUUACCCUGCCCUGUAAUUCAGAGAAUGUUUGUAAGUGUUUAGUUUUGCAGGGUACUGUUUUCUAAAUUGAAGUUUGUUCUGGUUUCUGUGAGCUCAGCUGGUGCUGAGAGCUUGGAAACUCUCAGUUUCAACUAGUUAAAAAUCAAAAGAAAUGCUUUUAUUUCAGAGGGUGUGAAUUUUCGUCCAGGCAGGCCUUGGGUGAAACUAGGUCUAUGUAUUAUCUAUUAAUAAAAUGGAGUACUGGAAAAAAAGGGGUCUAAUUGCAUCAGGGAGUAGGAAAAGAGGGAAACUUCCUAGGAUGCUUCUCAUUGAGGAAUCUUAAUGUACGUGAAAUUAAAUCACCUGGAAAAAGUGUCAUUUCACAUGCUCAUUUCUGUGUCAUGUGAGAGGCACUUUGUCAUCCCUUUGGUAUUAAUAAAGUAGAUCUUGUUCAGAGGCCAAUAGUGGAUACUUAAUCUCAGCCAGCUGGCUGCUAGCCUAAGAUAAAUGCAGUUAAAGGCAAGCAAAUUACUAACAUAAAUUAAAAUGCAGUAAAGUUUCUGUUGCAUCUUCUGUGUUAUGCAGGAAUUAUUUAGUUUGCAAAAAAAAUUAUAUAAUUUUUUUAAAAACCUGUAUUAGCAUGUGGCUAGAAGCUGAGCCUUUAGUCUAGUCCCAAUUAACAACAGACUGAAGCAGUCUGUAUAUACUGUAGUAGCAGAUUUAACUUAUUCAGAUUUAUAAUGCUGUUUAUUCUUGGAGAUCUGGCACAAGAAAUUAUCACAAAGCUUUCUGAAAAAGCUGUCCUACAACUUAGCUAUCAAACAUUCAUCUCCUCUUUCUGUUCCUGUUAAAAAGGGUAUCAUUCUGGGCAUUAAGGAUAACAGUAAAAUACUUCUUUUGAAGAUUAAACCUAUACCUGAUGCUUUGUAUGAGUCCUACUAGUGCAAUAGGUGGGAACUAUACAAAGUUUUAUCAAAUUGAGAUAUUUUGCUACUUCUAGAAGUAUUUCCCAACUUCACCAUUUGUGGGACUUUUUAACUUCUCUGCUUCACUGGGUGUAUCAUGCCAUUGAUUAAGUUAUCUGUGUCCUGUCCUACUUAGCGUGUGUGUCGGAGAGGUGACCUUUUACAAUACUCUGUGUGGUUCGUGGGAGAAACCACAGGCCCUCCAGAGGUUGAAAAUGAAACAACAGUUAAUUUUAUUGUAAAACUUCCCUAAACUGUGUCAGGAGGAACAAAAGUCUUGGCGAGUUCUUAUUGUUGUAAAAGAUCCAAAGUAGAGGGAGAAAAGGAGAAAGGAAAGGAGGAGAGAAAACAGAGAGAUAGGUUCACCACCCCAUAGAUCUAGUGAUGUCUUCUCAGUCAGAGAGUUGAAGUCCUUUUAGUCAGUCUGCUGAAGUCCAGGGUGGAGGAGCACACCACAUGACUGAAAGAUUAUUGCCUUUUUAUAGGAUCAGGUUUCUUGGAAUACUCCUGCAGGUGGAGAUUCGUCUGCAUGCUUGUCUCAUGCAUUGCGAGCUAUUCUGGAACAUUCCUGAUGGUGGUAGGGCUAUGUGGUAAGCCCCCAGAUCCAGUUAACUUUGUGCUUUGAUGAGGGCAGCCUCAGUGCCUUGCAGCACUGUCUCUGGGCUGUUUGUUGCCUAGGCAGUUGGUAUCCACAGCCUUAGGGCAGCCAGCACAGGAAAAUACCACCACCUUCGUGGAGCAUGACUUUCUGUCCUGCCUCCCUGAUAGUUUGCCCAUGUCACAAGGUGCCCAAGAACAAAAUGAGGUGUUACAUACGUUCUGUGUGAAUGUGAGGGAGGGAAAGUUUUGUCCCCAAAAAUCAUUACCUGUUUCCUCAUAAUAGGCAAAAUGGGUGUUAGGUAGUCCUAGAGAAAAAUCUUCACCAGAGCGUUCAAUUGUUUCCACCUUGUCCUUGGCCAAAAGAUGGCCGGCCCUCAAUUGAAUAUAAGUGUAGUCCUUGAAUUUCCAAACUGGAAGAACGACAUGAGGCCUGUCUGUUAGUUAGUUAUGAGUCAGAUUGAAAGACAUAAUGAUUGGUAUUACAAAAAAUCUCAAGCUUUGCUCAGAGGAGGUUGGAAGAGUUACACAGGUACCUUGAUUGGUUGUAUUCCAUAUUUGUACAAAUCUCAUGCUAAGUAGCAGGGGAAUUCUCUCCUCUCAUUGCGAUUCCUAUGUACACAAGACAAAUCACCCAAAGUAAUGAUUGCAGCAAACUUAUAUACAUAAUGUAUUUUUUAAACUAAGAACUAUACAAUCAAUUGAUAGGAGUAACAGUAACACAUAUGCUUGAAGGGAACUUCUAAAUUCAGUAGAUUCCUCUUCCUGCAAUAGAAAAGAAAGAAGAACUUGAUCCUAUCAGAACCAAGGGAACUUCUCCAGUUGGUGGCAUGUCCACCAGUACUGAUUGGCCUGGAUAGUAUGAGGGGUUCUUAGGAUCAUCUGGUUCUCUGUUCUUGGGAAGGAUGUGGGGAGCCUUAUGGCAGAGUGCCGUAAGUCGUGGACAUCCAUUUAAUCGCCACCAAUUUUUCACUUCUGUCAUUGAAUCCCAGAGUCAGUCAGACCACCCUGCAUCUUGGGGUCUUAGUCUCCAGAAAACCUAAAGUUCCAAAGUGUAUUGGAGUUCCUUUUUGCUUUGCUUCUGUAUUGUAGAUACAGCAGUGAGGGGGCCGGUGUUUGCAUUCAAGCAGCGGUAGUCAGUAGUCACUUGCCAUUUUCCAUUUGGUUUACGAACUGGCCAUACAGGAGAAUUGUAAAGUGAGUGGGUUUGGAUGACAUGAUGGCGAUGAUCCCCUCUCUUGCACCCAGUGGUAAGUGGUGCAGUUUUAUAUUUACAGUCUCGGAUGGAGGAAGUUUGGGAGCGAAUUGUGAAAGACGUAUGGAGAUCCCCAUAUCUCCAUUUGUUCCCCUUUGAAUCCAUCCAAGCUUUUCCUUUUAAUAGCUCUAGCCCCAAGAUACUGGUGGAGAGCAUGCCCAAUAUCAUGAUAGUCUUUGGAGGACUGGAGUCACCAGGUAACUAACAUUUUACCCAAGCUGUGGGUUGGCGUUUAGAGUAUCCAAAUGCAUCAGAAACUUGUAUUUGUUUUUUGUCGGGCACACCACCACUCUGUUUUGCUGUCUCAGCAUUUAGAGUUGACGUUUGGACUCCCAUGUCUGCUACAAAGGCCACAGCAUAGAGUUUUAAAGAAUUGGCUAGUCCUUUAAUCAGAGGAGUCAUCACGAUUAGCCAUAAGCAACAUGGGGGAAGGUUGCUGAGGUAUAAGCAGUCUGUCAUGCAUUAAUUGAAGGCAAGCUGCUUUCUGUAUACUUUCAGUUAACUGACCCAGACCAGGGGUAGGUAUGAAUAUGGGGUUUCCCCAUUCUAUGGAUCUAGUUCUUCUGCCUAGUAUGCCACUCACAGGGCCAGGGACCAUGGUUUCGUACUAUCAUCUGCUGUCACAAAUACCCCCAGGCCCCAAUAUCUCUGGGCUGCUGCUGCUUCUGAGGGCUUUAUCCUAUACCCUCCAAUCAGGGAAACCCUCCAUACGUAUUUUGUUUCAGUUUCCUUUGCCUGCUUGCUAUGUUUUCCCUUUAACUCAGCCAUUUCAGUGGCACUACAAGGUAUUGCCUUUACGGCGACAGUGGGCUUGACCCCCUCUUCCUCAUCAUCAGAAACUAUUUCAGUUUUAAGGAGUGGUUUAAAUUUAGGGUUGGAAAGUAACUCAGUCCUAGCUUCUCUUAAAUCUUCCCAGGGCGAAUGAGACACAACUUCCUGAUUGAGGAGAUCAGCCUCCAAAGCAAGGAAUCAGUUCUAAUAGAGACUCUUUUUCAAUUUGCUUAACAUUAUACUUAUCUUUCUGGGUGGCUAUCAUGGCUGCUUCUAACAUGCCACAAAUCAUAGCUUUUCCCUUUCCAAGUUUUGUUUCAUUUUCUUUUGCCAAGUCCUUUAUUCUUCCUGCCACAGUUACCGGGAACUGCCAGUGUUCCUCAGGGCUGCUUACCCUCCUAAGGGUCAGGCAAGCCUUAUAACUCUUCAACAAAUCCAAUAAUGGGGAGCAGUCAAAAUCAGACAUUUCCUGGGUUGCCAUGACCCUCAGCUGCAGAUUUUGGCUUCAACCAAAAAUCAGUUCUUUAUCUGACACUGACCAUUAUCCCCUUAAAAAACCAGCCUCUGAACUGCUUCUCACAGUUUCCUGCUGACUAUGCCAAUGCUAAUGUCCCAUCCAGCUCGGCAGGUGUGGGGGGGAAGGUGAUUUACAAUACUCUAUGCCGUUCACAGAGCCGUUUCACAACCUGAAGAAUGAGUGCUGCUUGUAAUUACUCAACAGAUGUGAUUUGUUUAUGUAUUCAGAGCUUCUCUGUUGAUUUGAAUGACAAAUAACUUUUAAUCCAAUCUUAGUCUUUUAUCCCUUCUUAAAGGAAGGUGAGUGGAUUCUUUUCUAUUAUGUGUCAUCAUCAGAGUUACUGCUGUUCGUAAGUGUGCAGUUGGUUUUUUUUCCUCAUGUGGGAAUGGAAGGCAGAAUUUCGCUGCAGAUGGUUUCUGGUGCUGAUAUGAGUAGGAAGGAACCCAAUGCAAGUCUUCCACAUACUAGCCUGAGGUUAAGACUGGAAACUGAUGAAUAAAUCUUUACCUUUAAACUGACACUUUUUAAAAAGGAAUCAUUGAAUCAUUGAAAGAUAUCAACAUAGAGUUUGACUGUGGUGUUUUUAGAGUGGCAUUUGGGGAUGGGACCACAUUUGAAGCUGAUCUCAGAGUUUAAAUCAACUGUAUUAUUUAGAAUAAAAGGGUGACCUGUGCUGUUUGAGCCUGCAACACAUUAUAUUUACAGCUAAAAUACUCUGGAAUACCUUUUAUUGCUCAGAAUAUUCAGAUAUGUCACUUCAUGAUAUUGAUAUGCAAUAUAUUUCCAUAGAUAAGAUUAGAACUUUUACCAUGAAACAGAUGACUACAAUAGUAAUUCAGAUUAUUUAGUUUUUAUAAAGUGAUUUGGUUAUGAUGGAAAGGGGAAACUUGGCUGCAAAACUGAGCAUUCAACUUUGAGAGUUCUGUGUACUUGACUCAUAUUCUUUCAGUGUCAUUAUUUUAUUUCUUUUUGAAGAGGAAAUUACAAAGAUUUAUUUGAAAAAUUCUAAAAGUUAUGUAUAUUAUAUAUGUGUAUAUAUAUUGUAAACAUGUAUUAAAUGUGUCUAGUAAGGGAAGACUCCAUGGGUGCAUUUUAAUGUUUUGGUAUUAAGAGUUCUCUUGAGUUUGUGUAUACAAAGGAUAAUGGUGUGAGUAUGACAUGAAUGUUGUGCUUUUGCUUACACAAUAUGAUAUGUAGUUACAGUUGUUUAAAUUGCUGUACAUAAAACUAAUAGGCCAGCAUGCUUGUUUUUAAAGACUGUCAUUCUGAUUACAAUUGGAAUGUAAGAAGUGGCUGUUCAAAUGUGAAUUGAAAGAUGUUUCCUUCUCACUAUUGAGCACUUGCUCAACCUGAAAAGUGAUUUUUUUUAAAAAGCUGGCAAUAGCUAGAGGAUGAGGUGCCUUUAAAAAACAAAACAAAUGUAGCCUUACAAAGAGGUUGUGGAGUAUAUAUAUUUUUGUGCUGGUCUUCAUAAUUGAUGUCAAUGUCUUUUUACUGUACUUGCUCACAUACUUGUAGAACUGCAGGGUACUGUGCAUGAGCCUGUCAGAUCUUCUGAACAUCAUCAUAGGACUUAAGGAUCAAAAAAUUAUUUAGGUUAUCUGGUCCAUCUGCUUGCUAAAGCAGGGUUGUAAACUUGUGCAUUUUAAUACUGUCUUAGUCAGUGGGGUUUUACAUAUGUUCUAAACAAUUAGGCUUCCUUUCAAGGAUUGUUUCAAUAAUUACUUCUCACCGACAGGAGGAUUUACAUGAUGUUUAGUAGUUCUUUUUUGUAACUUCAUGCCAGUAUUCCAAGCCAUGUUUUGUGCCAUUUUACGUGUUCCUCGUUGUCUUUGUAAUUUGGAACUUGCAUGCAUGCACUGGUUCUAGCUGUAUAUUUCCAUUUCUUUCCACUUUCUUCAAGCUAUUUUUUAGUCUGCUCUUUUAACACAAGUUUUUCUUAUUUUCAGCUUUUUAGUUCAGUUCUCCAUAUCUUGGUGCCCACAACAUCAUUCCAUAUGCAUGGUUUGUUGGACUUCGCUUAAAGGUCACCUGUUAAGUGUGGAUUUUGUUUGGUUGGUUUUUUCCUCUGUAACAUGAUGGUUUUUUGUAAGAAGACCAAACUUUUGGUCUUCUGACUAGUGUCUCACAAACCCAAAUCAUACUUCUUUAUUUCUGACAUCUGUUUUAAAUAACUUUGAGCAUUGUUGCUUCUCAAGUUUCUGCUUCACUUUCACUAUGUUGUUAUGAUUCUUUAGCAGCUAGGUACCUAAUUCCUCUUUCAUUAUUAUUCUGAAUUUUAUAAGCUUUGAAUUUCUGAUCUCUGAGGGCACUAAAUUAUUUCUUUUUUUUUUUUUUUUCCUUUUCAUGUGCAGUUCUUCCUGGUUCAAUGUAAUUGGUAACUUUCAUGAAUGUGAUGCAUACAUCUAUUGAAGAUGUAAACAAAACUGGACCUAAGGCUUAUUCUUGCAAAAAAAACAUUUUUGUGCAACAUCAGUAUAUGGCAUUUUACCAUUACUAUUUUUCCCAUAUCUAAUUUACAUGGUACAUUUUUUAAUGGUUAACUCAUAAUUUUUUGUGUUUGAUGGCCUGUGCUACUCAUUUUGGUUUUACUAACAAAUUUAUUGGGAUAAUUUUCAGUCCUUCUGCGUGUUGAAAACUGGUCUGCUAGUUUUAAAUACUCUGCUCUUUAUUUCUAAUUUAUUUCACUGUGCUGUUUGCUUUCACAUAUUUGAUUCAGUUACCAAAAUGCUUACACAAAAUGAUUUGGCCUGGAAGAAGCUCUAGAUAUAAUUAUAUCGUGGAAAACUUUUUCUUCACUCUUAACAAGUCCUAGUUUCUGUAUUUAUUUUUGUGCCUCAAAGAGAAAACUUUUGACAUACCACAUAACAGAUUUUAUUACUUCUAAGAAAACCACCCAAUGAGUGUUUUGGGGUCUCAUUCAUGUUUAUUUUGAUAAAAUAUGUUCUUUAGCUAGAAGCCUGUAGAACUAUAUGCCACAUACUGUAGAUUAUUUUUUAGGAUGUAUGUUUUCGAAUAAUGCUACGUUAAAGCAGUCCCAUAUGUAAUGUGUUUGAUUCGGUGUGUGAUGUUUACGAUACAGCUGUGUGAUUAGGUCAUACAAUGCCAUUUUGCAGUUGUGAAUUUAAAGUAACCAGAAACUUGUCCUUUUGAAUAAAUGUGUAGGAGAUAAAGGUUACACCACCUUUUUCAGUACAUCUGUUUGAUCACAGAUGUGUCCCCUUUCCCCACCUCCUUCCUCAUGUUUUAACAAUGUAAUUUUGGGGAGCAGCAAUUUCCAUAAACUUAUGUGGAAAGUUUAUCCCAAAAGAAAACCAAAAUGAAAAACUGGGCAUAACCAUCAGAUAAGCAAGUUUGUUUUGUUUUGUUUUGUUUUUUUAAUGGCUUUCAAGAAGUGUAUUUGGAAGUGUUUGCAGACUGUGGUUUUGAGGGUCUUUGCAGACUAUCCUAGGGAGCCUAAUUGACACCUGUGUGAAGUACCCAGUAAACCCAGUAAAUUGGGUUAAGGAAGAAAAUGCAGCCAUUUUGGUUGUCCCUCUGCUUGUACAAGAAACUAUAGCAGUGUUUUUCUUGGAGUCCUCUUUGCUGAAGCAUCAGGUUUGCAAUCUAACAUGAGUAAAUUCUGCAGUGUGGGAGUAUCUGCAAAUGAGAUUAUUUGUAUUUUUACUUUGACUAUCUGAGGCAGCGGUCAUUUGGAUUGUGUGCUGAACAGCAAGGGAAGCAGACCAUUUGCUGAACUCGUAGGGGGAUAGAUGUUAGGUGAAAUGGCCAGAACUGAUGUGCCCUCCACGUGGCUGGUGUUUAUCACAGGAGAGUUCAGCCUGAGGAGCAGUGCAGAGUUUAGGCCCGAUGGUAUCACAGAGGAAGAGUGUGAAAGGUAGGAGCUACAAGUUUAGUGAGGCUUUCCCAUAAUGAUUCUUAAGGAUUAUUUUGUCCAUUGGUUGCAGGUUGUAUGAAGGAUAAAAAUCUGAUAUAUAUCCCACUUCAGAUGAGAUGGCAGGAGAUUUGUAACAGCUUAUUUCUUAAAUUCUAAGAAUAGAACUUACUCUUCUGCUCACAUGCUUCAUGUUGGGGACCCAGUUAUGCAAAGAUAAGUUCCUCAGGCGCUGUAGUGGACUACUCUUUUGCUUCUGGAUAAACAUUUAUAUAAAACCAAAAUUGCAGGACUAAGACUUUGUCUCAUGAUGUCCGCUAUUAUUGAACCAAAGCCACAAAAUUUGGGAAGCAGAGCAGAAUUUUAGGCUUCUCAUUUUUAUUUACUUUUUUUCCUUCAGUCACAGUCUACAUAUUAAAUAUGUAUUACAUACAGUGUCCUCUGAAUGACUCAUUUCACAUUGAAUAGCUUAUUCUGUAAAAAAAUUACUCCUUCAGUACUUCCUCAUACAAAACAAGAUGUUGAAUAGGACCGGUGGUUCCAGGUAAUUCGUGACUCACUUAGCAUGUAUGUCUUUCAGUUUUCUAAUGGGUGAGCUGGUAAGAUUCAUGGAAUUAACUGUGAAAACAUGAUGCUGCUCAUAAUAUAGCAUUAAAAAAUACUCUGAAAUUUGUGGCUGUUUAGUGGAAAUUGUUUUGGACUACACUGUUAAGAAUGAAGAAAACAGAAUAUGAUAGUAAACCACAUGGUAAAAUUGUUUUAUAUAAGAUGUUGCAAUCUUUGACAUAGUAAUUAGUUUUUGGGCAUCUGCUGUUCGUGAUCAUCAUAGGAAUGCUCAGUGUAGCUAUUGGCAUUGAGUGACAAAGAGGAAGCAAAGAUUUCCCUGAAAAAAAUACUUGGAUGUUUCAAGAAGCUGCCUUUUUCCAUAAGGACAUGAAGGCGUUGAGAAUAUUUUAUCUAAAUCUGAUAAUGUGUUUAGUUGAAGAGGGUUACAAUAGGUGAACAGCUUUGGCUCUUUAAUCAUCGGUGUCUUUAAGCUUAGAGACCAACACGGUUCCUGAAACAAAUGGCCUGUAAACUGCUAGUCAAAACCUCCGCAAUGUUUCUACUGAGCAGCUGAGAAACUGGUGAAAACCACAGUGUUAAUCCAUCCAGUUAUAUAGGGGGUAUUUUACAAGAAAUAACCCACAUUGUAAAAGAUAGUAUUACAUACAGCAGAGCAAAUGGACAAACACCUGGGGACACACAGGGGACUGGGAUGACCUCUGUAAAUAAUCCUUGCUCUGGCAAGUGCUCUUGUUCAGUUGGUGGGACUAAUCCCAGGAGGGAGAAUGGUCAGAAACAGACCUUUAAAAGGAUGUCUCUGCCUGUGCUAAUGAACAUAUCUGUUAUGCAGUCUACCUAUCUUUUUGAUAUCUGUUUUUUAUCUUCCCACUUAAAUCCUCCUUUAGGCUAUAUUGCUGAGAAUCUUAAAAUCUCAUCUGAAGUGGAGUCUCAUAGCAGGAUAAAUUUCAUAAAGGACUACUGAUUUUCUCUUAGAGUGUUUUUUUGAAGGGUGGUGGAGUUUCAGCAUCAGCCCUACCCCUCCUACCACCAAAAGGCUUAUUUGUACCACCUUAGUUACCAGUUCAUUUAAUUGUACUGAGUUAGCUCUUACCCCACCUACUGACUUAAUUUUGCUGCUCUGCAGUCUAUUGUGAAAACUUAGGAAGUGCUGUAUCAUUUAAGAUGUUUUUGAGAAUGUCUAUUCUGCUAGAGAAGGUGUAAAGCCUGUUGAAUAGUACACUGUGGGUCUCAGCCGGCCAUUAUUGUCAGGAGAGAUUUGUUGCUAGAUGACAAAAUCCAAACUAUGGCAGAACUAAAAAUAUAUAUGUAUAUAUAAAAUAUAUGCUUUUUAGCCCAACUUCUUUCCUGAUUACAUCUGGGUUGUGGUAUUGUGUGUUAAACUAGUUUUGCCCUGCUGGUGCUGCCAAGCCGUGCUGUGAUCCUGGGAGAUCACACCAAUGUUUAAACCAUGUCUGCACAUGGAUUUUUAAGCUGCUGAAAGCCUUGUGUUGACAAGGUCCUCAAGCCCGAUCUGCUUGCAUUUCCUCAAUUUGAAUUGCAGGCUCCCAAAAUUACUUCCCUGCUAUUUCAAGAAACCCUUGGUCCUCACACCAGAAUAUUAGACUGGGAUGUUGCAAAAAGAUUUCUGUGUCUGGAUUUGUACUAUUCUGAAAGGGAAGGGAUACCUUGUUGCCAAGCCAAAUAUUUUUAUUGUUUUUGGAUUAAUCACUAAAAGCAGCCAAAUACAUUAUAUGAGGGAUAAAUGAUGGACUUCAAGCUAAUAUUUUUCCAUUAAGAAUUUAUUUUUUUAUUCUUCAUGUCAUCAAGAUAUAGUGCUUUUUGAAUAUAGCUUGUUUUCAGAUGUAUGGCUCCUAAAAUUGUUUCCUUGCAGUCACACAUUACAAACAUGCAUAGGUUUUGAAAACUGUCUCAUAGGUGUUAGCACUUUUUCUGGAAAUGCAAACUGAGCAUGUUAGCUAAUAAUUUCUUGUACCUUUAUAGCCCAAGCAGACUGAAAAGUGGUCUUGUGCUAUGUUUUCCUUGAAUCACUCAUCGGAAAAAAAUCUGUAGAAGAAAAUCCAUGAUGAGAAGACUAUUGUUGCUGUAAGAUUUUUCUGUUGACGUAUGUCAGCGUAUCAACUACCUGCAUUGUAUUUCAUAGAAAUACCUUCAGUUCUUUUAAAAGAAACUGUCAGGUUAAAAAUACAAGUUUCUUUGCCUUAUGAACCAUAGUUUGGAUUUAUUUUGUUGCUUAUAUUAAUACACUUUUUUUCCUCUUUACAAGAAUAACUGUUGAACCUGACAGUUCUCUUUUGGAGAAGAUGCCACAGGUCAUAACCACUUAAAUGUUAGUAAUUAGAGUUGUUCCUCUUCUGUUUUGGGUCACUUCCAUGACAGAUAGUUGAUCUGAAAAGGCUGCUGUGACUGGUAUAUAAAGAGCUAAAGGAAAUUAAGACACCCCUUCAGAAUUACGCGGAGGUUAUGAUUUUGAAACAAUGUUAGGCUUCAAGUGUCUUGCAGAGUGGUGGAUCCGAAUGAGAAAUACUUACUCACUGAGUAAUAGACUGCUUGGCAGUUUUUGUGUGUGGCUCAGUGCAAGGCUGUGUCUUGUGUCAGAAUUUCAGUACCACCAAAUUACCUUAUUUAAAUGCUACUGUCGUACAAAAGUGAAUGUUAUUUUAAGUGAGAAAUUCUGUUUUCUAACUUGUGAAGGAAAUAGUUUUCUUGGGAGUAAGCAUCCAUAAGCUUAAUGUAUUUAAUGAUUUCAGAAAGGCAUCUUAAUCAUGGGACAUGAUAAAAGUGAAAAAGUGAUUCGUUCUCCAAAGAUUUGAUAAGCAUUUAUUAAAAAAAGUAUAAGUUUUUGCUUUAAAUGAAAGUGCUUCUUCAAACACUUAAAGUUAAACUUCUUACUAAAAUUCAGUGGUUUAGAAUCCUGGAUAAAUAUCUAAAAUGGCAAAGAUUGAAAAUUCAGAGGGAGAUUAUUUUUAACUAUGCCAGUAUAUUUUUGAGCUCUCAAUUGCAGCCCUGAAUUUUCUCUUUUUCACUGCAAUUCAUAUUCUGUGAAACUUCUUGGAGAGGUUAUGUUUAAAGCUACAUUCACUUGCCUGAAUAAGUCAAGUAAAUAUUUUGUCAUUAAAAUUAUAUAUAUCUGCUUAUGUUAGUGUGCUGUUUAAAAUGAGACCACAUUGAGGUAACCAUGCAGGUAUUUGUAUUUGGUAUGACAGUAGUGAAGUGGGGUAGCUGUAUACUGUACCCGCAUUCUGUGCUGAGCAAAAUCACAUGGACUUCCAGAAAUAAGCAAUGUUUUUUAAAAGCAGCUUUAUUUAAUGUUACAGCAGCAGUUAAUGUCAUUUGUACCAUAUAAUUAUGUAAAUUGGGUGCUAAUAAAUACUAUUUUUCAACAUUU